AGCAGUUAAUGAGUGAAAGAUAUGGUAUUGAAAAAUAUCAAUUGUGUAAUUAUUUCAAAAGAUUAAGUCCUGAUGGCAUCGAUACAGCGAUUACCAAAAUUGAGAAUGGCGAAGGAAUAACUGGUUAUCUCGGAUUAGAACCAAAAGAAAGAUUUCAAGCUUUCAUUGACAGUUUUCAGGAGAUGGAAAAAGUAGGAGGUCUCUCUCCGGAAGAAAAAUUCUCCCUUGAUAAAUUAGUUGAAAAGCAAUUUGAGAAGAUUGAUCAAGUAGAAAGUUUGGUUAAAGAAACCUUGGGCAGUGAUAAUAAAGUUGAUCCUAAAUUUCUUGAAUUCGCUAAGGCUAAAAAGGUAACUUUGACUAGUUUAGCAGAAGUGCUGAAAGAAGAAUCGAAAGAAGUUAUUAUUUUAGUUGAAAGAUAUAAAUUUGACAAAUUAGAUGACAGUGCCACCAACGAGAAAGAUAAAAAGAAAACUCAACAAACUAGAAGAAUUAAAAAAGCCCUAAAAGAUAAAGACAGUAAUUUUGAUAUCACCAAGGAUUUAGAUGAUGCUACUCUAAAUGAAGCACUUUAUAAAGUAAAAGUAAAUGAGUUAGUAGUUAAUGCCAGCAAGUUUUAUAAUAAGGAUUUGCAAGAAAUCACUACUGACAAUCCCAAAGAUAAAGAAGAAGCUUUUUGA